UUCACAUGUUACCCCUCGCUGUACUGAGGACUUUGAAAGGUAAACGGAAUCUAAAACGAGGGAGAGGAGGAAACAGUACUGAGACGUUGAGAACAGAGGACUCUACAACUAUAGCGCGCCAUCAACAUCAGUGUUGGUCAUUGGUUUUUGAAUAAGAUCUUCUUACAAUUGCAAUUGGAGAAGGAAUACCGGUUGUUCAACUAGUUAUCCAUUUGACUGUUUUAUUGAAUUGUCUUCGCAUCGACUUCAUCCGAAAAGGGAUGCAUUUGUUGAGCAUGUCCACCAAAUGGCCGACCUAUGAUUCCCGCUCCUCCACACCCAGCUUCCUCCUCAGCGAGAGCGACGUGACUGAGGAUGAGGCAGACAUUGAUGUCUUCACCUCUGAAAGUGAGGGAGAUAGCUCAGGGGGUGGCAAGACCUGCUCAGUACCUAGGUUACACUGGUCCAUGGCUGGGAGUGGACAAGCAAAAUGCUUUCCUCACACCACCGCCUACCCAUCCAUGAUGGCUUCCCCUGGCAGUGCUGCGUUAAGCACAAAGGGAAGCACAGAGGAGACCAUGCAAGGAGACCUGGCCUUCGCUCAGAAAUGUUCAGAGCUGCAAAAGUUUAUCAGACCCCUGUUGGAGCUUCUGAAUGGACUCAAGACAGGGAGAUUUGAGAGAGGUCUUAGCAGUUUCCAGUCGAGCGUUGCCAUCGAUAGACUCCAGAGGAUCCUGGGUAUUCUUCAGAAACCUGAAAUGGGAGAGAAAUUCCUCCGCACCCUUCUGCAGGUAGAGAUGAUGCUGAAGAUGUGGUUCCCCCAUGUGACCCCUGUCACUGCCACCCAGAACCCCACACCCAGUCUUCCGCCACGAUGGCACCAAAAUCAGCUGUGCAUGCCAGUCAAGAAGCGCAAGCUUAGCUGGUUGGACUCUGACUUCCCCAAUGCCGCCCCACCCAGCUGCAAGCGCCUGCAGCGCGAGGACAACUACCAGGAAAUGACCUUACAAGACUCUUGCCCAUUGAGCACAGACACCUAUUACCCGUCAUGUCUGACUGUCAGCAAGAGAAGAAAGGGAAAUAAGAGGCUUGAAAUUUCACCUUGCUCAGCAUGUGGUAGCCCAGCCACACAAGACAGCUGUGUCUCCUCCACCCUCCUGGUCUUUCACUCACAUCAGCUCUCCCUCCAUGGACAUCAGCCACAGAGGUACCACAGCAGGCCUGGAACAGUGAAGACAGAUAUUGCAUCAGUGGAAACCCAAAGGAGGGGUCAGUCUAUCCCCAUAUUACUGAGGUCUAUGAAACAAGAGCCGGAGUAGAAGAUAUAAAACUGAACUCGGAAGUCAUUGCACCGUUUGACCAUCUUUUGUCAGUGUUAGAGAGUUAUUUAAAAAAAAAAAAGAAAUGUACCUGGGAAUAUUUUUUUAUGUUUGAUGUGAUAAAGCAGUGGUUUAAUUUUUCUAUAUUUUUUAUACUGGUUUGAAACAAGAUCAUUUUGUAUUUCAGAAUUAUCAACAAAAAUACAAUCACAUGAAAUACACUAUGUAGAAAUAUAAAAGAAAGUAACAUAGCUCAAGAUUUAUGGAAUACCUUUUAACCUAACAUAAACUCAGUUAGUUAUGAUAAAGUUAUCAAUAGUAGUGAAGCAUAAAACAUUGACAAUACAAUGAAAAACAUUACAAGAACCUGUUAAUCCUUUAGCGGAUCCAGCACAGGGAACAAUGAAAUGGGCAGCUGAUACAACUGGCACUAAACCUCUGCCAACCAGUGGCAACAAAACCAUUGCUUUUAUUACACACUGCUGAGUCUGUUAGCCACCGUUUAAUGUAACUAUUGACUAAAUCCACCUCAGUGUGAAUACUAACAACCCCAGUAGCAUGCAACUGGAAUGACAGCAACCACGAAGCACUACGAGAGGAGAAAUACCAACCGUUAGAUUUAAGGUAUUACUCAUCAAAUAGGUCUGCUCGAAAAUCCUGGGUGCAGACUAGAGCAUAUUAAUUGGCUUAAUGCUUUCUAACUUCAUUGAUUUAUUAGAUAGAAUACAUUUAUCAUCCUUUAUUUUUUUGUCAGUUUUCUAUGGUGUGCCAAAACUAUUUUGCACAUGAGUAUUUUACAUUUGAUAACAAAGGAAAUUGUAUCUUAUAAAUGUUACUAUUGUGAUGAUGCAAAACACAAAUAAUUUUUAAUCUUCUAGGAGUGUUUCUAUUGUAAUGGGAGAAAAUACAUAAAAACCUUUUCAUUGGGUCAUUGGGUAUUUGAACCACAAUGUUUUUGCUUAGCAAUUAUCAUUCAUGUUGAAUGACUCUAUCUCUGGCCACUUUCAGAGAGUCUCUUGAGCUGUACUUACCUAGAUGGGGUUAGGGGGAAACCAAGAAUAGCUGGAUACUGACAACAGUUAAGCCUAAUACAAGACAACCGAAACAUCAUGAUCAAAAUCAAAUCAACAUUUUAUGAAUGUGUGUGGGUUUUGGAUGGGAGUGUCAAUGUUGUGUAUGUGUGAGUCAGUGUUUGUAUGUAUAGUCUAGUGAGUGUGCGUAGGGUCAGUGCAGAUAGUUUGAGUGUCAUUAAUUGACUAUUUAGCAGUCUUAUGGCUUGGGGGUGAUUUACCAUACUGGUAGUAUAUGUUAUUGUUCUUUACCAUGCCAAGGAAAGUUCCAGGUAGAGGACAACCGAGAGAUCACUGCAGCAGUAAAUACAGGUAACUGUUGAGGCAAUGCACAACCCUUCCUAAAAACUGUUCAAACAGCCCGUUGGGGAGUUGUUUAUUUUUAUAUUUCCUGUGAGGAAAUAUUGUAAUUUCAUGUCAUGUUUUUGGUGUAUGUAGGGCCUAUGUUUUGCACAUUUUCUCUGUUUAUCAAAAGAGGACAAAUGUUUGGGCUGAGAAGGAUAUUUUGCUGUUUAAUGUUGUCUUCCUUGAUUCAAUCCAUUUCCUUUGCCUCCUCAACACCCUCCAUCACAUUUUUGGGUUGGGCAUAAUAUAAUAGUGUUUUGGUUAUACACCAUGUACUUGUGCUUAAUAUUUUAUAUAUAAUUGUUUCAGAGCUAAAUUGUUUUUGAUAAAUUGUACCCUUUUUUCUAAAAUAAAGUAAUGUUUUUGUUAAUCAGAA